AUGGAAAAACUUCAUUCAAUUUCAAAAACAAAUAAUAUGCAAUCAUCAUCAUUACAAAAUCGAACUAAAACUAAUAUAAUUCCAUCACCAAAACGUACAUCAACUUUUCCUAUAAAUAAACUAACAAAUAUAGAAACUCGAAAUUCUAUUUCAAAAAUUCCCGUUUCAUCUACUUCAUCAUCACAAUCAAGAUCACGUAGUCCAAGUCGAACAGCAGAUAAACGACAAAUAUCAUCGAUAAGUAACAACAGUGCUUUUCAUUUCGUAACUGCAAAUGAUAAUCGAAGACAAAUUCAAUCAAAAAUACAUUCAUUAUCUAAUAGUAAUAGUUCAUCAUUUAAAGAUGAUCGUAAACGAAUAGCAAGUAGUGAUGAUGAUGAAGAUCCUGAAACAGAUCAUUUAAGUCAAGAUGAUCUUAAAUUAAAAUUAAAAGAAGAAAAACGAUAUGGAAAAAAAAAGGGAGAAUUAUUAAAUAAAUUACAUGAAAAUUAUGAAGAAUUAUUAGAAAAAUAUGCACAUGCAGAAAAUACUAUUGAUCAAUUACGUUUUCAACCGAAAAUUUUCAAUGAAAAUACACCUAGGUCAACUACUUCUGAACAUCGUGUACAUAUUAUUCAACAACCCGCAGUUAAUAUGGCUACUUUACGAUCGAGUGGAGUAUAUCGUUCAACAACUGGUUCACCAUUUUCAUCAAUAAGACCAGUAACAUCGACAACAACAACAACAACAACAUCAGUUAGAAAAAAAGAAUUAAAGACACCCGUAACAAGCAAACUAAAUUUACUUGUUCAAACAAAAACAUUAGGAAAUAAGAUGAAAUCAUUUCUUACAUUAAUGCAUAAAGAUCAAUUAAGUUUAGCUGAACAAAAACAAGUCUAUGAUAAUAUUAAACAAGAUUAUGAAAAAUUAGUUAAAACAUUAGAUAAAAAAAAACAUGAUGGUGAUCUUCAUGAUAUUGAUCUUGAUACAGAUUUAAAUGAAGAAUUAGAAAUAAUGAAACAAUUAUUAAAAGAAAUUGUUCAAAGAAUUACAGAAAAUUUACUUGGUAAAUCAAUUGAUAAUUCACCAGCUGAACGAAAUAUUCAUUUAACACGUGAUGGUAGUCAUUCAAGUCAAUUAUCUGUUCGAUCUUCCUUAUGUAAUCACAAUGAUCUUAUGGAUCAAUAUCAAAAAUUAUUAAAUGCUGUUAAUACAGAAAGUACAGAUAAAAGUGAUCAAAUGAAACUCGUACUUGAUGGAUUAGAAACUGAUUCGAAACAAAUAAAAUCAACUUCUCAUGAUUCAUCACGAUCAAGUUUAUUCGAUCGUUAUCCAACAUCAACAAAAAAUCAACAAAAACCAUAUGUUUAUGUAUCCGGAGAUUCUGAUGAUGAACAACAACAAAGUAAUAAUAUAACACCUAUGCCAGUCAUAAAAAACAUCGAAUCAACUUCAUUCGAACCUGAUUAUAUACCUUCUUCAUCUGUUAAAUAUCAUCAACAUAGAAUCGAAGAACAACCUUAUAGACGUGGUAUCAUGACAACAACAAAGAAAAGAAAUGUAACUAAUCGAAAUGAGUAUGAAAAUCUUGAAAAACCAACAAAAUUAAAACGAAAAAUAAAAAUUGAACAAAAAAAAAUAACAAACGAUCGUCAAUAUAAUAAUCAAUCAAGUCUAUUAAUACCAUCGGAUGGAAUUCUAUAUACAAAUAAUUCAAUAAAAACACAUGUUAAUGAUUAUGAUAGUGGUAUUGGAACAACAAAUAUAACUAAAUUAAGUCAUGAUAGUAAAUUAUAUACUAAUACAAUGGAUGAAAGUCAUUUUCAAUCGUUCAAUGACGAACAAGAUCCUCAUUCAUCUGAUAUUGAAACGCGUGUAACCGGUUCAUUUGAUCCAAUUCCACAAACAUCUUCAUUUAAUAAACGAAUGCAUUGUAGUUAUAAUACUUGGAAACCACAAAGAACACCAAUAUAUUAUAGUUCACAUGUAAAACCAUUAAAUCGAAGUGCAUCUGUUGGAAGUCGUCGAAUUGAAAAUAAUAAUAUGAAAUAUUUUCAUUCAUUUAUUGAACCAAAAAUAAAAACUCAACAAACAAUACCAAUAACACAACAUCAAACAAGAUAUAGAAGUUCACUUUACAUAAAUCAACCACAUACACAUAAACGUUUACAAGAAAUAAAUGAUCAAUUUAAAUCGAAUAAUCUUUAUUUAGAUUCACAAACAGGAAUUAUCUAUCGAUAUGAAUCAAAUAAAAAUCAAUAUCCAACUAAAAUAUAUUAUGGAUUACCUUCUCAAUCGAAUUUAUAUGAAUGUGCUCAAUGUGGAAGUAUUACAACAUAUCAUCAUCGUCAUCAUAUCAAUUCAACAUUAGGACAAGUUACAUCUUAUCAAGAUGAUCCUGGUUACGAAAGUGAAUAUAAAAAAAGAAAUAAUUGUUGUCGAUGUAUGGAUUCUGUAUCAUCUUCUGAUUGUGAUUCAGACGACAUAAAUACAAAUUAUCAUAAAACAAUUGAAUUAAAUGAAGUUUAUGAUCGAGCAGAAAAAAUUCUAUAUACUUCACAAAGUCUAGCAAGAUAUAUCAAUCGACAACUCAAACUUGCCUUAGCUACUGUGUAG